AUGACCCUCAUUGCCCUCUUCAUCAGCAUCUUGACGGGGCGCCAGGACGGAUUCACACUAAUACCUUGGAGAGCCGGUAGAUGUUUGGCGUGGGAUGUUACGGUCCCUGGCACCCUUGCCGAACGAUAUGUAAACCUGACAAGUAAAGAAUGCGGUUUGGCCGCGGCCAGGGCAGCGGACGAGAAAAUGAAAAAAUAUGGGAAUGCCCUCCCCUCGAUGGAAUUCUUCAAUUCAAUUCAAUUCAAUAAUGAGUUUAUUCAGCAAAAAGUAACACGCAACAACACUUACCUUCUCACCUCAUUCCCACAACAACACAUAAUAUUAGAAAGCCUCUUAACAACAGUUCCACCAUUUAGCCCAUCCUGA